AAGAGACUAAGUACUCACAGCAACCUUCCAAGAGAGAGAAUCCUUCUAGUACCCAGACUAAUAGUGGAGCUUCAGCACCUAGUUACAGUACCACCCAAACAAAAGCUCCAAAGGCUGCUCAUCAAAUUUCAGCACCUAGUUACAGUACCACCCAAACAAAAGCUCCAAAGGCUGGUCAUCAAACAGUUAAGCACCAUGUAAAUAACUACAUAAUCCCAAAACCACAACUAAAUGAGAGGCAACAGACACAAAAUAUUGAUCUUCCCUUCCAAAGUUUGCCUGACAAGUUUGGAUUACGUGUCUGUCCUCAAUACAAUAGUAAGGAAGGUUGUAAUGCCCCAAUUUGUAGGAGAUUGCAUGCAUGUCUAUAUUGGUGCUUAAAGAAAUGUAACCGUACAGUUUGUGAGAAUGAUCACUCGUUUACAUCAUCUCAUAAUAAAGUGAUAUUAGAUGUUUUUUCCCAUAGGAGUGAUUUUAAUGAUUCACUGGUUUUUCAAUAUCUUAAAAACACUCACAAACACUUCAAAAAGUCGAAACGUGGACAACAUGACUGUAUUUGUAUGUUUAAUAUGAUGAAAAGAUGUACAAGGGACCCCUGUACCCAAGUGCAUUCCACUAUGCCUUACCUUUGGGAAAUAAAUUAUAAUGAGAACUUCUUACGGUUGUCAUACGAGCAGAGUGACCAUUUGGAACGCUUAUUUUGUCAUCCAGCUCAAGAUAAAGCUGAAUUCCCUCCCUUACCAUCAAAUGUAAGACACCAUAGUAGAUAUGAACAACUUCGAAAUGUCUUAUCAAGUAGUGAGUCAUGGCAAGUUGAUAUGGAAACAAUGAAGAUUUCUUCAGGCAGUUCAAGCAUUGUAAUUCGUAGAUUGUCAACCCCUUCAGACAUAACAUAUGAUCUUCGAGUGGCAUCUCGUUGGAUCUGGUACUGGUGUGAUGACAAUGGCUCUUGGAAACCUUACACACAUGGUGAUAACAACAAGUAUUUUGUGGUAGCGCUCAGUGAUCACCUGGAAUAUCACAUGCAUUUUAGUAAUGAAUUUCACUUCUUUGUUAAAGUUGGUGGACAACAUUAUGAUAUAGAUACACGAGAAAUGACACAGAAGAAUAUUAUAACAGGCAAAAUACGAAAAAUAAGGAGAAGGCCAGCUUGUACAGUACUUGAAGAUAAAGAAACAUCAUUUGAUAGAAUGUUUACAAAAUUACCCAAAGACAAGAAGUACUUGUUAACUCCAGUGCUGCCACAGACAUCUGAAUAUAUCUUCAUUGAGAAAAUGAUGAGUGAAUCACUUUCAAAUUUAAGUUGUGAACCAAACAACACAUACCCCACAGUAUCUUCUAUUAACAGAAUGCAAAAUGAUCACCUAUGGAAAACCUACCAGAACAAGAAACGUCAGCUCUUAUGCUUUUAUAGUAAUGAUUUGUCAAAGGUAAAUGAGCAAUAUCUUUUCCAUGGGACAAAACAUUCUGUAAUUGAUCUAAUUUGCAGUGAGAAUUUAGAUUGGAGACUUUUUGGCAGGAACGUUGGUAAUGCGUAUGGCCAAGGAACAUAUUUUGCUAAUAAUGCUAAAUUGGGAUUUCCGACGAUUGAUAAGGAAAUCACAGAAAUAGUGAAACUAGCAAAGGAAAUUGGAGGUGAGGGUUGUGAUGACAUGCAGAAAGAGGAUGUGAAUGAACUGUUGGAUUUGCAUUUUCAAGAACCAACAAAUGAGGAGCUUAUAGCAGUUAACAGUAAAAGUGAUGAUGAUGAUGCUGAAGUGGAACUCAUAAAACCUAAAUUAACAAUGAAGGCGACCUCUGAAUUCCUCUUGAAAGCAAAUGAACUUUGUGAGAUAUGUUUUGACAUAGAUUCAAUAAUGGAGAGAAGUGUAAAGUUCAAAAGGGGCCUUGAUCUUUGUGUGGCAUACAGAGACAUUUUGACAGAUUUGCAUAGAAAAAGCAAACAAUAG